AUGGCCAUGGUGGCCACCGUGGGAGGCAUGCUUUUCGGAUUCGAUAUUUCUUCCAUGGCAACCAUUGUCACCACCGAACAAUACAUCGACUGCUUUGACAACCCCAGCGGUGUCAAGCAAGGUGCCAUCGGCUCCGCCCUAGCUACUGGAUCCGUUCUGGGUUCUUUGAUCGCAGGCCCCAUCUCUGAUAAGUGGGGUCGACGUGACAGGUAUACCGUUCUUCCCCCAUGCUUAAAUUUAAGCAUAUUUGCUGACGACGUCACCCUGGUUGCCACCAAUGGUUUCGGAUCCCUCGUCGCUGGCCGUAUCCUCAACGGUGUCUGUGUUAGCAUCACAUCUUCUCAGGUCCCCGCCUAUCUUGCCGAGAUUGCCAAGCGCGUUCGUACCACUUCCCUUCUUUCCCAUAGACCAAUUGCUCACCUCGUUUUAGGAGCGCCGCGGACGCAUCAGUGCUUUAUCGGCUGCGGCUACAUUGAGGGUACUGCAUCGUUUAGAACUGCAUGGGGAACUCAAUUCAUCCCCUGCGUCUUCCUUAUGCUUGGCCUUCCUGUCCUCCCUCGACCCCCCCCCACCCCCCCCCCCCCCCCGAUGGCUCGCCAAGGCGACAUUCACGAUGUCCUGGCCGUUGCUGAGUGGCGUGAGAUCUCCGAGACCCUGGCCAGUGAACGAGAGUCUGGCAAAGGCUGGCGCAAGUUCAUCAAGAACGGCAUGUGGAAGCGAACCAUGGCUGGAUUGUCGGUCCAGGCCUGGCAGCAACUGAGUGGAGCGAACGUCAUGGGCUCCAUCACUAUGGGUCUAUAUCAAUUUGUCGUCGUUGGCAUGCUGAGUGCCUACGGAGAGGAUGUUCCCGGAGGUGUCGGCGGAAACGCCAACGUGGUCAUUCGCGUCACUAGGUCUCCCGCCAAUACUGUUAUUGCCUUCAGCUACCUCCUGAUUAUCAUUUACGCUUUGACUCUUGCCCCAUCCACUAGAACUCGCGCCACAGGUAUGGCCCUAGCCGCCGAGGCCAACUGGCUCUUCAACUUCGCUCUUGGAAUGUUCACUCCACUCACAUUCCUCAACAUCAAAGGAAACAUUUUUAUUGUUUUCGGAGUUCUCUGUUUGGCAGCUGCUGUGCAAGCCUGGUUUACUUACCCCGAGACCUGUGGCAAGACCAUUGAAGAGGUGGAGGAGCUUUUCAGAAAGGGUGCUGUGCCAGCUUGGAAGACUAAGAAGGGUGGCUCGCGUCUGGAGGCCGAGGUGGCGGCUGUGCAGGAGGCCAAGGACAAGGGCAAGCUGGACCUGAUCGAGCGAGAGCUCCCUGGGGCCACCGAGAAGGCUUAAAUGGUCUAGGGAAGAGCAAGACUGCAGUGACUUGGAUGUCAAGAGAAGGAGAAGGUACUGUGUGGAUUGUGUUCCUGGUUGAUUCUGUUCGCGUUCGUGACAGCAGGUCAUCAACCCACCUCGCUGGUUUUAUUAAACAAUGAUUUCAACCCAUUGAGAAUUGCGUACUAAGCUCAAAGUGUUGGAUGUGGCGAAAAAUUAUAAUGCCUCAAUGGGUGUCGGAGGAUGCCGAGAGGCCUGACAAGGGUGGUGAGAUCUUGUAAGGUAUAUCCUGGGAGCGUGAGAGUUGAGGUUGAAAGCGGGAAAUUGAUAGAUCUCGUGUACGUCAUAAGUGCAGAGAAGAGCCAUUGAGUUCCG